UGUUGGUAAUUUGAUCUCUAGGUCCUCUGCCUUUUCUAAAUCCAGUUUGGACAUCUGGAAGUUCUUGGUUUAUGUACUGUUGAAGCCUAGCUUGAAGGAUUUUGAGCAUUACCUUGCUAACAUGUGGAGUAUGUGCAACUGUGCAAUAGUGUGAACAUUCUUUGGCAUUGCCCUCCUUUGGGGUUAAAAUGAAAAAUGACCUCUUCCAGUCCUGUGGCCAUUGCUGAGUUUUCCAAAUUUGCUGGCAUAUUGAGUGCAGCACUUUAACAGCAUCAUCUUUUAGGAUUUUAAAUAGCUCAGCUCCACUAGCUUUCGUGAUAAACUAAGAUUUGGCACUGUUUUCCCUGCUGAUUGGACUGGUUGUUGCAAAAGAUCACUGCAGCGUCUGAGGGGAAGGGCCCCCGCCCUGUCUUCUGUCUGCCUUGGGAUUCGCUGUGUGCUGGUUUUCCAAGGCUUGUGGUGGAGGCUGGCUUCUCUGCGCCUUCAGUCACCAAGGGCCCUGAUGCUGCCUUUAUUUACUGGUGCAGUUUUUGAUGACGUGGAGAAGGUUGAAUGGCCAAGGGGUGCCAGAGACCCACCCAGAGGUCACCUGCUAGCUCGCCCCAUGGGCCGAGGGACCCGCUGGCUCCCUUGUCUGUGUGAGGUCACCUCCGCCAGCCCCGACGGGGGCAGCUCAUGAGGCCUCCGCUGCCCCACAACACUGCAGGUCACCUGUCUGUCAGGUGGGAACAACCAAGUUCCCAAUGCCAAGGCCGAGUGCGCUGACGGGAGACCCCGGGGAGGGAGAGGCGCAGGUGGCGCCCCCGGGGAGCCUGAUGCACCGUGAGCCGUGUGCCUUGCAGGCGCCUGGAGCAGGGCUACUCGGGGAGGCUGAUCCUCCUGUGGUCCGAGGUGGAGGUGGAAUGCUCGAGUUCUGGGAGCCGGCCAAGCGGCAGAGGGCCAGGCUGCAGGAAGACCUGUGGCACCUGCAGGCGGAGGAGACCGGCCUCCGCGAGAAGCUGACCCUGACCCUGAAGCCACAGAGAGAGCCCAUUUCUCAGCCGCAGCGGAAGCGUCCUGGCUUCUCCAAGAGAGUGCAGCCCUCCUCUGCAGCUGUGUGGGCUGCAGGAUGGGGGCCGCGCCUGCCUUCUGAUUGUUUCCUGUGUCUGCGGACACCACCUUCCAGGUUUUCCACUGAUCACGUUAAAAAAGUUUUUUCCCCCGAGUCCCUUCUGUGUAUCCGGUGAUGGAAGGUGGUGCCAGGCAUAAGAAGUUGGGAAAUGACUUCUGCUCCUUGUCGCUCCCGGAGCAGUUCGGGUCUAGUGUCGGUGCCCCGUCUUGGAAAUCAGGACCCGCUCUGCUGGGGCCUGAACUGUUCCCCGGGUGCCGGCCCCGCACCCUGCUCCUGGGCCUGGUGGCCGCAGUGGCUGGAGGACGUGUCUGGCUCUGCCCACAGGACCUGCAGGACCGCAACAACAAGCUGCAGGCUUCAGUGCGGGAGCAGCCCAGCAGCCACACGCCCUCUCUGCCGUCUGUCUCGGGCACUUCCUGUGGACAGGCACAGGAGCCCAGUGCUGUCCUAGUGCUCCACCCAGGCCCCAGGCCCGGCGGGCUGUGCUGGUCCUCUCUGCUUCUCCUGACUCACGGCACGCCUUGGCUUGUUGGCCCCACAGCUAACGUCUCGGUUCCAGUCUGAGUGGUGUCUGGAUCAUUGGACAGGGUUUCCUGGGCACCUGCCACGUGCUGUCAUAGCUGGGUCUGCAGCCGGGACUGAGACAGGUGUUUGCAGCUUUCAGCCCCAGGGGGUUGGGCAGAGAAGGCUCCAUCCUCUGACAUCUGUACCCCUUGUUACAGGCCUGUUCAGCUCUGAUGUUUCCUCCUGGGUCUGUCUGGGUAGAUUGCUUCAAGGCAUUUGGACAUGGCCAGUUUUCAAAACUCCCAACCGGGCAUUUUACUGAAUGGUCCUCAGCUUGAAUGCCUGGUUAGAUGCCUUCUUUAUGGGACCAUCUUCUUUACUCUGAUGUGUGGUCUUUCGUGAAACUGUCUUUGGAAUACAUUCCCUCAGUUUUUGUUUAUCUGAAAAUGUCUCAAAUUCUCUCCCAUUUCUGAAGGCCGGUCUUUCUAGGAGCACAAACUUUGAUGCACAGUUGAAGGCUGCCCUCUGCCCUCUGACCUGGGCAGGGUGCUCUGAGUGAGCAUCCAUUUUCCAUUGCUGCGGUGAUGAGUUACCAGGAAAUCAGAGGCUUAAAGCAUCACAACUUCGGAUUUCACGGUGUUUGAGCCUGGAAUUCAGAAGUGGGUACGACUGGGCGGGAAUCUCGGUGUUGGCCGCCGCCUUCCUUUUUGGAAGCUCGGGAGGAAACCUGCAGGCCUCCCAUUCUUGAUCCACACCUUCCUCCUCUCACACCAGCAGUGACUGGCUGGUCCUCCUCACGCUCCAUCCUGACUCCCAGUCUUCUGCCUGCUCUUCCACAGUGGAGGGCCCACUGGACAGUCUAGGACUCUCUUUCCAUCUAAGGGCAGUGAACUAGCAGCUUUAAUUCUGUUUGUUGCGUUGAUUCCCUUUUGCUAUGAAAUAGCACAUUUGCAGGUUCUGGAUGCAGACGUCUUUUAGAGGCUGUUUUUCUGUCCCCACAGGAGGUGACCUGAGUUGUGUCCUCAGGUUGCUAUUAGCUUCUCCAUCUUUUGUGGUUUUUCUUUGGUGUGUUUAGGUGUGUAUUUCUUUCAUUUUAACUUUUAUUGAAGUGUUAUAUGCACACACACAAAAAUGUACAUGUGUAUGCAACUGGAAGAAUUGUUGAUAAGUAGGACACAUUUGUGUCACCAACACCCAGAAUAUGCCCUCCAGGGUCA